AUGCUGGCCUCCGCGUUCCUUCUGCUCCCGGCCCUGUGCGUGGUGCACGGCUACCCGUCUGGAGCGCCCACCGGGGCCUGUGAGGACAUGAUGCCGCGUCACGCCGGUGUCCUGCCGCAGCCGACCCCGCCGCCGUACACGCUCCUCACCGACGCGGCCACCUACCAGCCUGGGAAGCCUGUCACCGUGACCAUAAUCGGACCGGCGUACAGGGGUGUCCUGCUGGAAGCUCGGACCGGCAACAGUGUCCAGGCUCUGGGCAGCUUCACAAACCCGCCUCCUGACACCAAACUCCUGACGUGCUCUGGGAACGCAGAGGGUGCUGUGACUCAUGCCAACACCAACCUGAAAGGCAACACCACCGUGUACAGAUGGGUCCCACCGACCACGAUGGCCCCCUCAAACAUCUAUUUCAUGGCCACGGUUGCCCAGCAACGCUCUGUUUAUUGGCUCAACGUGAGGUCAAAAACACUGACCCAAGGAAUACCUGAAGGUCUUGGCCUGGCAACCGGCGCAAGUGACGGACUGGAUCACAGCAAAGCUCUGCUCGUCCUUUUGUUGGGUUUCCUCUUGGCCCUCGGCUAA